AUGGACGCGGAGAGGAGGAUGACGCUGACGGCGCCGCCGGCGCCAUGGGCCCGGGCCGUCGCGUCGCGGCGGCGGCGCGUCGUCCUCCCGCAGGCCAUUUCGCACCGCGGCUACAAGGCGCGCCACGCCGAGAACUCCAUGGCCGCCUUCCGGGGCGCGGUCCGGGCCGGCGCGCACGCCAUCGAGACGGACGCCCGGCUGUCGGCCGAUGGCGUUGCGGUGCUGUCUCAUGACCCCACGCUCAAGCGCUGCUUCGCCCUCGACCGCCGCGUCGCCGACUGCCCCUGGGCCGACCUCGCGCGCCUGCGCACCACGACGACGACGCCGCCCGGUGCGCAGGGCCACGGACUGCCCCGGCUGCGGGACCUGCUGGCCUGGCUCGCCGCCGCCGCCGCCCACGACGACGAGGAUGAGGAUGAGCGGGAGCGUCGGGCCGGGGUCUGGGUCUUGCUCGACAUCAAGGCAAGUCAUUCCACGUUCCAAGUAUUUGCAGCGGGACAAGGAGUGUGUAUGGACGACGACGCACAACACCUCGUCGACGCCAUCGCCGCCGCCAUCAACGACGUGCCCCCCGGCCGCGUCCCCUGGGAGCAAAGGAUCAUGCUCGGAUGCUGGAACGCCUCCACAAUCCUCGCCGCCCGCCGCUCCCUGCCGAGCUUCCCCCUGGCCCACAUCGGCUUCUCGCUCUCGUACGCGCGCCACUUCCUGCCGCCGCUGGCCAACCUGGCCCUCAACAUGGCGGAAAACGCCCUCGUCGCGCCCCUGCGCGGCCGCCGCAUGCUCCUCGACGCCGCCGCCGCCCGCCGCCCCGUCUUUGCCUGGACCGUCAACUCGGAGCGCGGCAUGCGCUGGGCCAUUCGCCAGAACCUUGGCCUCUCUCGCGGCGUCGCUGACGGCGGCGCUGACGGCGGCGCUGCCCAGAUGGCGAGACCGGCUCUCGUCGACGGCGUCGUCACCGACGAUCCCGCCCUCUUCCUCGACCUCUGCCGCCGCUACGAGGACGAGCUCGAGUCCAAGGCCCCGCCGCCGCCCGCCGCCCCGCUCACACACACCCUCGCCGUCGUCCUCCGCUUCCUCCUCGGCCAGCUCCUCUUCAAGCUCGUCUUCCUCUACCGGCGCUUCUGGCUGCACAAGUUGGACUACCUGCCCCGCCCCGUCGGGCCCGAGGCAAAGGCAGACUGA